CUGCUGCGUUUUUAUUUUUCAGUUUGGAAAAGUUGAAGCUACGUUUAGGCGUUCAUUUUUAAGUCACUUUGUGAAAUCAAUGCACCCAGCAAGGAAGUUAAGGUAAUGCUUAAAAGCACCAAAACAGCAAAACACUGUAAGGACAGAGACAGAUGGCGAGGGAAGGAAAGAAAAGAAGGUUUUAGAAUGCUUAGCAGAACAGCAUCCAAGCCAGAACCUCCCUCUCCAUCUCCUCUUCCCGCCCCACCUCGACCUCGUCCUCCGCGCUCACGCCGCAAAUCCAAGUCGCCCUCAUCCCGCUCCAUAAACCAUAAAGUCACAAAACAAGCUUUGGAUGUGGACAACGUUUGUAUAAGUCAUGACUCCGAUGGUACCGUGCAAGCCCGUGCAGGGUCCCGAGACUUGAGGGGACCUGUGGGAUCUGAACGUGACAAGAAGUGGGAGGAUGUGGCUUCGGAGCUGCGUUGCCGUAGCGGCAGGAUGAGGUCGGCCGUGUACCAGACAUCGGAUCUUCCCUCUAUGGUGAAAGCCAAGAGACAGUUGGAGCCGAAGGAAGUCAAAGGUCACGCAGAACGAAGUAAACUGAAAGCAACAUUUGUAUGAAGAGCCCGCCUACUCGCUGUCUGCCAUCUUGUUGACUCUGACACUUAGCUUGUUAGUUAGCAGCUUGUUAGCCUCCACGUGGAGGUGAAGCGCUAAUCUACCACCUCUAUUCACUUAUUCUCUAUAUUGCCGUGCUCACCAAAAUAAACUAUUCUCAGCAAAGUUGGCAUGCAGGAAAAAGUUUAAUUUCGAUUCCAUAUGACAAAUGUCCGUAUUUGACAGAAGCCAAUCACAAGCUAGGACAAAACGUAUCAACUCAGGAGAUUAUUGCUCAAUACAGAGUCAUCUGGCGGACACAGGCAUCAGCAUGAAUCACAACAACUGAAUGAACUGCUGUUGGGAAGCAACGGAUGAUAUCUUGUAUAUUUCUACCUUUGGGUGUUAAGUUGCUGUGUGAUGAUUUUAGCGUUCAUUCUAAGAGGACAUAGUGAGUCAGACUGUUAUAUUGAGUAGUGACCUCCUGCGAUUUACGAUUGCGAUUGCCAACGAAAUGGCGUUGCCUGGCUCCCGUGUAAAAAUAAAUAAUAAAUAAUAAAUAAUAAAUAAUAAAUAAUAAAUAAUAAAUAAUAAAUAAUAAAUAAUAAAUAAUAAAUAAUAAAUAAUAAUGUGGAGAAUAAAUAGAUUACAUCAAAUAUGAACAACAAUGUACAGCGUAAACAGUAAUUUGUACAAAUAAUUUAAAUAAUUUGGAAUAAAUAACAAUAAUUUCAAGUUUUGGUUGUGUGUGUGGGGGCAGGUAGAGGGGCUUAUUAUUACAGUAUUAUUAUUACAGUAAAUAAUAUUACAGUAAAUCUACUCACCAUUUUGACAUUUAUGGAACAUUCCACACUAUAGUCAAAAUUGCACUGUAUAUAUGUUUUCUGACAUCAUUCUCAGUCGUCCUGAACCUGAGGAUUUUUAAUCUUUUUACCCCGGAGGAGGUCUGUGUUCCCCCAGGGGGCGAUUUUUGGACAACAUACGUAUAUAAGAAGUAACUUUUAAACAGUAUUUCCAAAGAGCGUUAGAUGAGUGUUAAGGCUCCAUAAAUCCAUGUCUAAGACCCAGCCUGGACGCCAGACUUAAAAGAUAACCGCCAUUUAUGCCAUUUUAAUCUAAUUAGCUGUAAUGUAAACAAGAAGCACGCAGGAUGGCAACUGUACUAACUUGGCUGGGCACCAGGGAAAGGGGGGGGGGCUGUGGCCCUCCGAAAGUAUAGCUUGCUCAGCUGAGGCUAUUUUGAAAUGGGUGGUUGUUGGAAAUGGUGGUGGGGCUGGGCGACGCACUCACGCACAGUUGCUCGAAACCAUGUCAGAAGAUGACGGAUACAGUUGUCGCGGAGGGACAAGUCAAGUUUAGAGAUGGAAAAAAGUGGAAGACUCGCUGGGUUGUUGUUCGGAAACCUUCUCCAGUCGCAGACUGUUUGUCUGUGCUGACCUAUAAGGAGAAGAAGAAAGCUAAGGAGCGAGGAAGCCGCAAGGAUCGUCUCAGUGUGACAUUGGAGGGCAUCUUUGGUGUGGAACCCGGACCUGGCUAUGAUGGAGUCAGCUACACCCUCUCUAUACUCUGCCUAGCACGCACACUGGUGCUGGGCUUCCACAGUCGAGAAGCUCUCCAUGCCUGGGACGCCCAUGUACGCUACAGCUUGGGAGAAGUGCACAGAUUCGGUGUAAGUGUGGAGCCCGGUACCAAAGUGGAAAGCGGACCCGCCUCUCUCCACCUGUGCAACGACCUACUAGCCCUCACCAGAGGUCUCCCUCCCGUCAUCAUUGGCCACUGGAAGUUGUCUGCAUUACGUAGAUAUGGCGCUGUUCCGAACGGCUUUGUGUUUGAAGGCGGGAGUCGUUGCGGAUACUGGGCUGGAGUUUUCUUCUUGUCCUGCUCAGAUGGGGAGCAGAUCAGUUUUCUGUUUGACUGCGUCGUCGGUGGCAUCACCCCCUGCAGGGUCCCGAAUGGGGUGCGACCUUCCCUUCCAGCAGAAAAUCUCAGCACUGCGCCGGGAUCCACAGAAGAACGAAUCAAGCAGGAGACUUCAGAGCUGGAGAAAAGACUCAGCAUGCUUUCUACCUGCAGUCUAGCAAACAGCACAGCCUCCACUUCCAGCUGCAGCACAUCUCUCGCCGGGGAUGACCGCAGCAGCAUCUCCAGCUCCUCUUCGGGCCAAUCGGACACAAGCUACGGGAGCAGACUUCCUUUCUGGGUGGAACCGUUAGCCAAGUUGCACCUCUCCGGCGAGACGGCAUCAAGCUCAUCUACGCUGAAGGUCUUCACCAAUUCAGAUGACCGUCUCUACGCUGCUGUGAUGGGAUGCUCCGCUCCAUCUUCCGCCCGACACCAUCCUCGUGGUCUCCAUGACAGCGGGCGUCAGAGCUCGUUGGACAGCGGCAUCGGAAUAGCGACCGGGAGCUCAGGGAGCUUCUCUUCCUGUACAGGGAGUCUGGACAUGGCCGUUCAAGGAGCAGGAGAGGAGUUUGGCUCCAUGAUCAGUCUGCCUGCUCCUCAUAUUCUCAGUCCUCCAUCUUCACCUUUCCUGGAGCACAACAUCUCCCGGUCUUUUGCCUCUAGGUGCAGCUCUAGUGAUGAGUGCCAGAAUCCGAGCCUGCUUAGAUUGCGCUAUGACGUCCCGAGGAGUCUUCUCCAGAAAGGGACUUUGAGAAACAUCUCAGCUGUUAAGGGAACCCCAAUUGAGCAGUGCAGGCCCAACAUGCUGGUUACUGAUGGGGUUGGAAGUCAGGACCGAGGACUGACUGAAGGCUCCACAGCAGCUCAACUUCAGCUCUCCUGGAGCAGUGAGACAGCGCCCCCUGUGGACGGUGGGGAGAGGUCGCCCACCCAGCAUCUAUUAUUGCCGGGGGAAUCGCAGUUCUUGCAUGGUUUGGAUAACUACAUCACACCUGAGCAGUGGCGGUCUGCGAGGAGCAGAAGUUUGAUGAUGCAGCCUUGCCCAGACCCUAGCUCCAGUGGCCCCCAGGUCGGCAACCCGUCAUCGGGUCCAUGGUCUUCAGCAGAUGCACCAGACCCCCGACUACAUGUGAGAGAAGAACGCCAUGACAGUCGGGAUAUGGAUCUCUCAUCUGGACCAGCCUCCUCCCUUCUUCCUGUCCCAAAGCUAGCAUGCGGCAUGUUCCAACCUAACAGUGAUGUUCCAACAGCUGCCCCCCGGGACGCUGGGCACCAUUAUGACAGCAGCAGCCUCAACUAUGUCAACAUCCCAGUCAUCCCCCCGACUGCCAAAGCUAACAUGGAUCUGUCGGAGCCAGACCCGCAGGAGUCCUCUUUAUCUCCAGUUUUUAGUACCAGCUGUCCUGUCACAGAAGACAGACCCAUCAGGUACACCCACAUCAACAACGUUGCCAUGGAAACAGCUCCACGGAUGGGGGUGGAGCACACCGAGGGCAGCCGAGUGACUCAGAUGGACAGCAGGCGGCGAGGGCCACCACACUAACUUGCACCACCCAAGUCAGUCCUUCUAUAAGCUCAAUAAGCUCAACUUCUCCAUAAUUGUUGUCAUAUUUCACAAUAAAAGACCUUGGAGAACAAAUCCAUUCCAUAGACAAAAAUCAAAAAUGGGAAAUAUCUGGGAAAUCUGUUGUGUGGAUGCUUAUAGAUUUUAAUUAGAGUGCAGUUAUUAAUCUUGUAUUUUCCUCGAAGACUCAUAUACAAUUAUUAUUAUUAUAUAUUAGUCUUUUUGGCCGCAUGGCACUCAUAUCGGCUCUCAAGCGCUAAAUAUUGAAAUGUCACCACUGAAAUUGGUUUAGCUUGUUUGGGUUGCGCUGCCUCGUAACACCUCGCCCCCGCCGCUGACAUGCUAUGAAAUUGUAUCGUUCAUCACAAAGCCAGAGCGGAAUCGAAUCACACGGGCCCCCUUUGUGUGUCGUAGAUUUGACUUUUUUUUUGGAGGAAAUUAUUCCGCAUCAGAGCUUCAAAGCUUCAGAAGCAGGUCAUCUGUGGAGAGUGAUCAGGUAGCCAAGUAAUAUUUAUUCAUCAGAGUAAUCGAUGCCUUCGUUUGUGGUCUGCAAGAGGCCACAAAGUGAUGAAUUGUAAAGCACCGCGCGUGUGAUCCAAUUUCCGAGCCUCCUGUUGAUGGCAUUGAGACAAAUUGGCUAAUAUUCGACGGCAAUUUACUUUUAUGGGACUUGUGUGUCUGAGGAGAAAGCUUAUGAUGCUGAGUCACACAGGGAGUCCACUCCUGUCACCGCGGGGAUGGAGUUCCUUAAGAAGGGUUGUAUAUAGCAAAUGCUUUUAUGUAUGCUAAGUUGAUAUGAAUUAUAUUUGAACAUAUAUUUUUUUUAAAUAUCAUUACUCUUUGUAUGUUGUAUGCCAUA